UGAUUGAGUAGCGGACUCUCAAACCGACACACGCAAGCAAUCUGCGGUGGCCGCGGGUUGCUUCGAUUUACACAAGUUAUCAAGUUUGUGGCAUCCCCGUUGGCAAUCGGUCACACCUGCAUUCUCUGCGACGUGACCACGUGAGGGAGACGCUUCCAGUAGAGUGUGGAGGUGGGGCAUCCCCGAAAGAGCAAGAACAAACCUGCGGCGUUUCCAAUAAAAGGGAUGCUGGCGAUGGUGGCGGUGAAAUUCGGGUCGUGCCUUUUCUUGUGAAAAAGGCAGGAAAAACACGUUCUUGGGACCUUUUCUCAUUUUGGGUCGGAAGUUCUGGGAAUACCCAGUAAGCAGAUCAAGCCCAUCGCGGUUGCGGAUAAUAUAAAAGCGGCAAAAAAAGUUCGGACCCUUUUUUGGGGCGGUUCUUGGUUGAUUUCGGGGAGCGAUGGGUGAGGAGAGCAAGGUUGGUGAAGAUCGGCAGAAGAAGCUGAGGGUGUUCAAUGGAAGAGAGGAGUUUCCGUCGUCCAAUAUAUGGCACACCACGGUGGCGUUGGGGAUCUGGUUGGGUGGUAUUCACUUCGUCGCCGUGCUGGUCCUCUUCUCUCUCCUCUUCCUUUCACCCUCCAACGCCCUUCUGGUCUUUGGGUUGCUCGUGGUAUUUAUGUUCCUUCCGAUUAAUGAUAGAAGCAGAUUAGGCAGAAAGUUGUCGAGGUACAUAUGUAAACAUGCUUGCAGUUAUUUCCCAGUGACUCUACACGUGGAGGAUAUAGAAGACUUUGAUCCUAAUCGCGCCUAUGUUUUUGGAUAUGAACCACAUUCAGUACUUCCAAUUGGUGUUGUUGCACUCGCUGAUCUUACUGGUUUCAUGCCUCUCCCAAAAAUUAAAGUCCUUGCUAGUAGUGCAGUGUUCUACACUCCAUUUCUGAGGCAUAUAUGGACGUGGUUGGGUCUCACGCCGGCAACUAAGAGAAACUUCAUUUCCCUCUUGGGUGCUGGCUACAGCUGUAUCAUUGUGCCUGGCGGUGUACAAGAGACCUCCCUCAUGGAGCAUGAUUCCGAGAUUGCCUUUAUUAAAUCAAGGAAAGGAUUUGUGCGCAUAGCCAUGGAGAUGGGCUGCCCCCUGGUUCCAGUUUUUUGCUACGGCCAAUCAAAUGUCUACAAGUGGUGGAAGCCUGGUGGAAAGUUGUAUCUGCAAUUUUCUAGAGCAAUUAAAUUUACCCCGGUUUUAUUCUGGGGAAUCUUUGGGUCUCCUUUACCCUUUCAAAAUCCAAUGCAUGUGGUGGUCGGUAGACCAAUUGAGUUGGAGAAAACCUCCAAACCCACGAUGGAAGAGGUCAAUGAGGUGCACGGCAAGUUUGUCGAAGCUUUAAGAGACCUCUUCGAAAGGCAUAAGGCACGGGUCGGCCAUGCCGAUCUUGAGCUGAAAAUUCUUUGAAUAGGUUCGAUUCGUUUUCAUUUACUGAAGACCAUAUUUAUAUAUCUGUCAAUAGGGACUAAUAAAGCCCUGAAGAGAGGGCAAUUGGAUUCACUGUACAUUCCAGCAUCCCAUGUCCCAUUGAGGGGGGCUAGUAACGGUCUGCAUACGAUGAUGUUAGUCUUGUUCCUUUUCGCUAUUUUGUGGCUUUGGAAGUAAACAGAUAGACUUGAUUGGAACCCCAAAAAUUCCAUUAUGUACACAACCUUCACAUUCCAUUACAA